AUGUCAUUAGAUGGAUUUUGGUUAUUCGAAGGUUUGGCGGAAGAGCCAUAUGGUCUUUUACCUCUUGUUAAUUUAUCUGGUAAAGGUGGACCAACAUCAACCAAAUCAGUCGAGAGGAUUGGCUCAUAUCAGUGGUAUUUGGAUGACAAAACGCCAACUAUUGUUAUUCCUGGGAUGCCUCCAGAAUCAUUUUUCUGGGCAGGUGGCAAAUUACAGCAAGACCAUGGUGUAGUGAUUUAUGAUGUUAACCAUUUAAAGGUACCAACUGGAUCAUUGGAUACAAUGAUAUUAGCUGCACAGCACUUGACAGAAAAAGCGGAAAAACCAAUUAAUUUCGAUGACUAUGAUUUUAUCACGGAUGCUGUAAACUUGCAAAAACUAUUUGCAUUUGCGCAGGAAGCUGGUGAUGGAUUAUUUCGGAUUGACGUGGAACGAGUUGGAAAAACAAUUCUUUUCGCAAGAGUGGAAGCAUCUGAUCUUAUGGAAAUCGGUCACGUAACAUUCGACCAAGCACUGAAACGAAAAAUGACCAAACCAAAAUCGAAGCUUACUACAGGUCCAUUUUUCCAGCUUGUGUCUUAUCAGUUUGGGCAGUUCAAACUGCUUGUGCGGUUCGAGGUCGACUGUGCUGAUUAUGCAGCUGUCAAAAUGCCAAGAGCUGAAUAUGAUCGAAAAUUGAAAACUUUAGGAAGAAAUAAAAUGGGAGCAAAUUUGAUGAUGGUGAUUGAAUUUAAAUUGGCUAAACGAAAACGUAGAUUUGCUGGAGCAAUAUUCCAGGAACGAAAUGAUAAUAAUUUUAUUAUGAUAAUCACUGAUCGUAGUCUUUACAGUGAAAAUAACGCGGAAGUUGAGAUGGAACCAAGAAAAGAAAAAUUCAAAGAGAAUGAUACCAUUUCAUUCAUUGAAUAUGGUGAAAUGCCCCGGAAUGUCCCUUUGCAGUUAUUGACAACUUAUCCACAAGGAGCCGGUUUCCCAUUCUUUACCUGGGCCCAAAUGUUCUUUACUACUGCCGAUCAGGAGAUCGUUGGCUGGUUUAAAGGAAAUGGUGAUUUUAGUAAGCCAGCUAUGAAUGCGCUACCCGAUAUUUCUAAAUUAAUCAAACCCUUACCAUAUGUGGCUUUGGCAAAAGUGCAUGACUGCUUGACUAAAAUUGCCAAGUUUUUGAUAAAAAAUGAUUCUGAUAUCAAGUGCUCUUUGAUUUGGAAAGGAAAAAAUCAUCUAGAAAUUUUCACCAAAACAAGUGUUGAUGGUGCUGUUUCACCUGGUGUAAAGAAACUACUGCAGAUGCACUGUAGGGAACCGGAUCAGUUAGACGAAUAA